GCCUUGUUAGCUCACAAUGUACGAUUCUCCUCACAUAACCGAGAUUUCUAUCUUUCACAUUGUUCACUCCCGCCUCAAUAUAAACUCUCCUGCUCUCCUCCAACCUCACUAUCUGUGUGCACCUCCUAUACUGACGAUCUCCGCCUCAACUCAUACACAGCACCCUGGCUAACAUGUCUCCGCGAGCAAAACUCACCAUUCUCACGACUAAUAAAGCCACUGCCAAGCCGCCUCAGCCCUACACAGCAGCCUUUCUCGCCCGCCUCAGCACAUUCAUCCUGCACGCCCCGCUUGACAUUGUGAGCUCCAUCUUCACAUUGUCUUCGAAGUGUGAUGGUGAGCCCCUGAGAAUCGAUCCGAACUGCAUGGCAUUACAACCUGAUACACUAACGUCAGCAACCUGUCAACGCCUCCUCCGCAUGCUAAACUUGCCUGUUGCCCACGCGAGUCCUUCUACCAUCCCCUUAGCUCUUCAUCUGUUGUUUCGCUUCCGCCUUGCUUCCCAUGGUGAAGAUGCAAGUGACGCUUCGAGUGAUGGUAUGGGUGACGGUGUGCUCGUUGCUGUCUCCAUCUACAUUGCGUACAAGUGGCUCAUGGAUGGUGGUGAAGAAAACACAAAGCGCUGGACGGAGGCACUGGGAAUGAACAACGAGUAUUUUGUCUAUACAGAGAUACAGCUCUUGGGUAGAAUUGAGUAUCGGGUCUGGGUACAAGAUGAGGAGUAUGUAGGGUUCAAAGGAAAAGCAGAGGAGCUGUGGGAGGGGGUAUUCAAGAAGGCGGCACGGCCGACUGUUCCACCUUCUUUGAGAACUAAGGCUAGAUUGUUAGCGGCGGCGGCAGAAGCUGCUGCUGUUGCUGCAGCAGCAAAGCUCAGGGCUUUGCCCCUGUAG